AGCUCUUCUGCGAUGCGUUCAACUUACAGCUUCCUUACUCUUUCUGCUCUGGUGGCUGUAGUUUCGGCUGGAACGCAGCUCGAAUUCACCAAGGAUGGAUUCUCCCGUUGCAUCGCUGCAUCCUCCAAGACUCCCGGCGCUCCCGUGGUCAUUCACGAUUGCAGCACUGGAGACGCUUCAAACUACGAUUGGGACAUUGAUGCCUUCUCUACAGACCAAAUUCCUCAACAGAUCAAGCUUUUCGGUCAAGACUUGUGCGUGGACGUCACAAGCGGCGUGAACGCUGACGGUACCAAGCUCCAACUCUGGACCUGCACUCAAGGAAACACCAACCAACUUUGGAGUCACACGAGCUCCCUUGGUAUCUGGCAAUGGGCGGGAACGAACAAGUGUAUUGACCUUACGGACGGAAAUAUCAGUGAUGGGAACCAAUUCCAAGUGUGGACUUGUGAUUCUAGCAAUAUGAACCAGCAGUUCCCCGGAAGAACGGUUCCGGACACUCAGACUGUUACGGUUACACUCGAAGGAGGACCUGCUCUGUCCCAACCUCGCUUAUGCCUCGCGGCUACUGAAAACACCGACGGAGCUCGAGUCUCUCUCGCUCCCUGUGACAACGUCGCUUCCACCUUCCCCUCCGGCAACAUCACCUGGGUCGUUCCCCGCGCCGACUUGGCUGGUAUCCUCAGUACCUAUGGUGGUACUAAAUGCCUUGACUUGCGUAAUGGAGAUUCUACCAAUGGCAAUGGACUACAAAUCUGGAGUUGUGAUUCCUCGAAUGUGAACCAGGUGUGGAGAGUUGAGGGGCUUAUUCCGAAGAUAUCCCCGAGGAUUGAUAGGGAUGGGAAUAAGUGUAUGGAUAUUAAGGAUGGGAAUGUGAGUCCUGGAGCUGAUAUUCAAAUCUGGGACUGUGAUCCCAACGGUACCAGUGUGAACCAGCGAUGGAUUCCUAGACAGUGAAUAUUUGGGAUGAUAAUAAUACCUCGGACUUUUGGACUUUAGACUUUUUUUGUGUAGGGGGUCAUGGUCGACGAUAAUGAUAAUUUGAA